ACUGGCUUACAGACAGGCUGCACUAUGAAGAUGGCUCCCCUUCCCUGGAUCCUGCUGCUGCUGGUGAUAGUCUCCGGCCCAGGGCCUAGGCCCACAGCAGGUGCCCAGGAGAGCUGUUCAUUGCGCUGUGGGGACCAGAAUGGGCCCUGCUCCUGCCACCCAACCUGCUCCGGCCUUGGCACCUGCUGCUCAGACUUCCGUGACUUCUGUCUAGAGAUCUCACCCUCUUCGGGCUCCAUGAUGGGUGGCAAGGACUUUGUGGCACAUUUCAAGUGGUUCGGUUCCACAGAUGGUGUGAUCUGCAGGUUUAAGGAAAGCAUCCAGACUCUUGGCUAUGUGGAUGCCUUGAAGCAGGUGCACUGCGUGUCACCCUUGCUCUAUGAAAGUGGUCGCAUUCCCUUCACCAUCUCCAUGGACAAUGGCCGCACCUUUACUCACUCAGGCACUUGGCUAGCUGUUCACCCCUACAAAGUGUCUGAAACUGAGAAGAGUCAACUGGUGAAUGAGACUCACUGGCAAUACUAUGGCACCUCGGGCACUGCUGGUAACCUCAGCCUGACUUGGAAUGCUUCAAUGCUGCUCACGCCUGCUGUUACCAUUGAGCUGUGGGGCUAUGAGGAAACAGGUAGGCCAUACUCAGCGAACUGGACGGCAAAAUGGUCUUACCUCUACCCCGUGGCUACAAAUAUCUCCAACUCUGGCUUCUUCACCUUCACCCCAAAACCUGCACCGCUUGAGUACCAGAAGUGGAAAGUGGGUGCACUAAGGAUCAUCAGCAGCAAAAAUUAUGCAGGGCAGAACGAUGUACAGGCGCUCUGGACCAACGAUCACGCACUGGCCUGGCACUUGGGUGAUGACUUCCGGGCAGAUUCUGUAGCCUGGGCCCGUACACAGUGUCUGGCCUGGGAGAAUUUGGAAGACCAGCUGCCGGAUUUCUUGAAGGAACUGCCUGACUGUCCUUGCACCCUAGCCCAGGCCCGGGCUGACACCGGCCGCUUCUUUACAGACUACGGCUGCGAUAUUGAACAUGGCAGCGUUUGCACCUACCACCCUGGGGCCGUUCACUGUGUGCGCUCUGUGCAGGCCAGCCCCAAGUAUGGCUCAGGCCAGCAGUGCUGUUACACAAAGGCUGGUACACAACUCCUCACUGCAGACUCAACAGGCGGCAGUACCCCUGAUCGUGGGCAUGACUGGGGUGCACCCCCCUACCGUACACCACCCCGGGUUCCAGGCAUGUCCCACUGGAUGUACGAUGUCAUCAGUUUCUAUUACUGCUGCCUCUGGGCGCCUGAGUGCCACCGCUAUAUGCGCCGGCGACCCUCCAGUGACUGUCGAAGCUACCAACCUCCACACCUGGCCUCUGCAUUUGGAGAUCCUCACUUUGUCACCUUUGAUGGCACCAAUUUCACAUUCAAUGGGCGUGGCGAGUAUGUGCUGCUGGAGGGUGCACUGACCGACCUAAGGGUGCAGGUGCGGGCUCAGCCUGAGAGAACAGACCACGGCACAGAGACCCGAGGCACCAGGCUGACAGCCGUGGCGGUGCAGGAGGGCAAUUCUGACGUGGUGGAGGUGCGGCUGGUGGGCACACCAGUCAUUCUGGAGGUGCUGCUGAAUCAGGAGGUGCUCAGCUUCACUGAGCAGAGUUGGAUGGACUUGAAGGGUAUGUUCCUCUCUGUGGCUUCUGAGAACAAGGUUUCAAUCAUGUUGUCAUCGGGGGCUGGAGUGGAGGUCAGCCUGCAAGGCUCUUUCCUGAGCGUGGCUGUCCUGCUGCCUGAGAAGUUCCUGACCCACACCCAUGGCCUCCUUGGGACACUCAACAAUAACCCCACCGAUGACUUCACCCUACGCAAUGGGCAAGUGUUGCCCUGGAACGCCAGUGCUCAGCAGUUGUUCCAGUUUGGGGCUGACUGGGCCGUGCACAACACCUCCUCUCUCUUCACCUAUGACUCCUGGAUGUUGGUAUACAACUUCAUGAAUCAACCCAAGCAUGACCCCAACUUCAAGCCCCUUUUCCCCGAUGAGGCCACCCUUGAUCCCACCCAGGCGGAAGAGGCCACUAAGCUCUGUGCCAACAACCCUUUCUGCAUCUUUGAUGUGGCGGUGACUGGGAGUCUGAGUGUGGGUAAUGCCACGCGAGUCUCCUACCAGCAACACCAGGAUCGCCUGAAGAACCUACAGCCUGUGGUGUCCUGUGGCUGGCUGGCUCCCCCAUCUAAUGGGUACAAGGAGGGCAGCAGGUACCUGAUGGGUUCCACCAUCCGCUUUGGUUGCAACAGUGGUUACAGCCUGGCUGGGGCAGAGACCAGCACCUGCCAGGCUAAUGGUGCCUGGUCUGCAGCCAGCCCGGAGUGCCACAUAGGAAGGAAUUACACUGUGCUUCUGAGCAUCAUCUUUGGAGGCCUGGCUGUGGCGCUGCUGAUUGCUGUCAUCUAUGUGCUGCUACGCCGCAAGAAGGGCCAUAUGAAUAUGUGGAGUUCCCAACCCUGAGGCAGAAACACAUGUGGCCAGAUGUCUUGUUAUGGUGGAGACCCAGCCUCCCAAGAGAAGAUCCUGGACUCCAAAUGGCAUGUAUCCCAAUUCUAUGAGUCUCGCAUCCCUAGGACUGGACACCUGAUACCUGGGCCUGUAACACCUGUGGACUCAAGACCUCAUGCCUUAGCUGUCAUCUCAGACUCAAGGCACCAUGCAGGUGUUCGUUCGUAACCUUUGAAAUACCCUGCCUCUGAUUCUUCAGUCUGGAGACUUCAUACCUGAAAUUGUAAUGCCUGUGUCCCAACCCUAAUCUCCUGCAUCACAGACUGCAACUCCAAUUCCUUCCCCAACCCUCACACAGGGCGAUGCCCAUUACCCUUGUCCUUGAUGGACUGGGACUUGUUGCUUACCCUCCUAUGGGGCCUCUAUGCCAAGCUGCCUUGGUUCCUAAACCCUGGACCUAGCCUAUGACCCAGGGUGGGUUCUGCUCCAGGGUGGAGAGAGACUUUAGAUCUCUGAGCGGAAAGCAAGAACCCCAGCAGGGAAGAUGACCCUGUGUAUUGCAAGCUUAUAGAAUUGUCUUGGUAUACCCUUUCCUGCCUGUACAAGGAAAAAACAAGCUCCCUGUUCCUUCUGUGGUGUCCUGCUGCUCACAUUUCUAGAGUUCAUGACUGAUUUGUAAAGUCACCUACCAACAGAACC